CAUCUUGCCAUUCCUUCCCUUUUUUUAAAUUUGUGCGUAAAAAUCUGCAAAAUAAAAAAAAAAAAUGAAAUUGGCCGUUAUCGUAUUGGUUUGCUGUGCCAUGAUUGGUCAGAUCGAGUCACAGGGUACUGGUAACAGGCCUAGUUUCAUUCAAACCUUUUUCGCACCUAUCGGACAAUUCUUCAGUAUCUUCAGAAGGCCAACUAGACCAGGUGUCCAGGCAGAGGCUUCCAUUCAAGGACAAUCUGACACUUCGUCUUCUUUCGUCGAUCCUCAGCAGUUGCAAGAAUCUUUGAAUAGCAUCCAACAGGUACAGGCUGAACCUGUCCUCCAGACGCAAUUCGUCACUGAAGUGAUGACAGUGUUCUCCACCAUUCCGAGCCUGGAACGAGUCACCAGUAUCGAAACUGUCGUCGAAAUGACGACUGAAACUGUUUUCGAAACCGUCAAAAUGACUCAAUUCAAAACUGAGCAUGUCACCAUGACCCACACAACAGGAGUUUGUUCCACGGCGAGUCCAUCAUCAAAGGCUGCCUCAUCUUCUUCCAGCAGUAAAGUGGUGGAGAAAUCAGCCGUCACUCCAUCUGCAGUGUCAACUUCGGCUGCUGUACAACCUACCAAGAAAGCUCGCUUGGCGCCCUACGUCGUCAAACGGGCCGUCGAAAUUGAGGCAUCAUCACUGUAAAAGAAA